GUUCACGACUGCAGGCGAUUGCUCCGAUACAGUCAUCUGGUAUCAGCUGAGUUCAAUUCAGAAAUCCACCGGGCAGUAAGUCGUCCUUGACCUUGAGAGCUGCUAACUGCACCACUGCACACGGAAGAGCUCCGCCAGUCCACAACACAAGAUGCCGUGUAUAAUAAUGGACGUCCAGCUUCUCCUACAGACUUUCCUAUACGCUGCUAACAUUGUGCUGGGGUUUGCUGUCGCCAUACCCCUCGGGAUUACCACGGGAGAUUUUGAUGGAGGCUGUAUUCUCUAUGCGGGCAUGGAUUGGACUAGAAAGCCUAGGCCUUCGAUCUUGCUAUCACAUGGUAUCAACUGCAAGUUUGGAAUCUCCGUCAGUGUUUUUUUUUGUAUAGUCUAUGGCCUUGGUAUGCUCAGCUAUCACGUGUACGUCCUGACAAGGAAAGAUCCACGUAUUGGGUCAAAGAUGUGGGUGAUACCGUUCAUCCUGCUGAAUUCAGUCAUCACUUUUGUGACGUUCAUCGCCUCUUGUAUGAUCAGUGUUGGGUUAAAGAUGUUCUGUGAUGCUUUUCUCAAGGGUAGAAACUUUGGCCGAAAUAUUAACAGUUGUACCGACGCACAGAAAUGGGGCUGGUUUGUACAUGACACAGACUACAAGAUUCAGGAUAACUUCUACACUUACCUGACAGUGACACAGAUUGCAACAUGGGCCACCUUCCUGGUGUGGGUACUUCAAGUAGUGCUAGGAAUCAUCAGAUUUGCAAGGAACCGACGCCUGGCCAGGGCGCAAGAGAACACGGACCUUGGGAACUUUGCAUCGGCCUCCCCUUCAGCGUGAUAAUGUUUCACGUCAGUUUCUGUUUUCGUGGGUGCCUUAACGACUACGACAAACUGUGUAUACCUUUCUUUGCACGAUUGUUGAGGGGUUUUCAAAGGUGAAAAGUAUGGCGACCUUGACCUCGACCUCAACCCAGCAGGGAAUGACAUCCUCAUCCGUUUUACGAAUAUCUGGUAACGUCAUUGUAUUAGAUUAUUAUUUUUAAUGCGUUCGUUUCUUCGUUUUGUUUGCCUGACAUAACAACAUAAUGUCCAUGAAGUCACUUGUGUUUCUAAUACCGGUUCUACACCCGCCUAAAUCCCAGUGACAUUAAAUAAGAUAUUUUAGUCCGAUACGAUACCUCUGUGCGUGUACUACUGACACGCGGACUUUGUUUGUCCAAUGUAGCCAAUCAGAUGUUACCUUUCUAAGCGAUUCGGCUUCACUUUUUUACCUCCUUGAUUCGGAAAUUGCAAUUUAUAAAACUUAUGAAUUAACGUAUUUAAUGUCAUGGGGCGGCUUUGUUUCUGUUUGCUCUGGGAACUGCCAACUGUAUUCGUUUUCGAGGUACAAAAAUCAGAUAUGAUUGUAUGAAUGCUUCGUUCACUCUUACGGAGAAUUUAAAAGCCUCGACACUGGCAAUAUCAUUAAAAUCAGAUCUUAGUUCUCGCUAUGCUAAACAAAGCUUUGUUUAGCGGUAGCGAAAACUAAGAUCUGAUUUUAAUGAGAUUGUGACACUGGCUGAUUCGAAAGUUCAUCUGACACAACCUCUACCCUCCGACCUUGAUACAGUGUCGGUAUCGUAUCGGAGGUGUAUAUUCCUUAUUCAUUUCGCACAUUGUACAUUGAGAUAGUCAGAUCCACAAUGGACAUUAAAGAGCUUCUAAUAUUCAGGGAAUGGAAUAUAUACAAUGAAAGGUUUUUCAUGGUUUCAGAAUGACAUGACAGCAAUAUGUUAAAUUUAUGCAAUGUAGGAUGGACAUGAUAUUUUCCCGGAAUAUAUUUGUUUCUAAGAUUGUUAUAUGUUUUACAAAUAAACAGAAAAUGGUAUUCGUUUUCGAUAAGACCAGUGUUACAUAAAUUUAGGUUACAAACUCUUUGGUCGCUUGGGACAUUGUUAUAUCUGCCCACGUCAAUACGGAGUGCAUGAGAACUAUGAUGGUGGGAAAGCACUGUACGACAUUUAUCAAUAUUGCUAUUUAGAAGAUACGGUUCAACACAAAAAUCUAAUUUAAAUAAAGAACAGGUAUGCAUUUUAGAACUACUAGCAAUAUCUGAAUGCCAUUCUUGUUCAUGAAUAUAUUUUAAUCGUGAUACAAAUUCCAAUACAAAUAGUUUUGGAUAAGAAACUGAUCGGUUUUCCCAAAUUUAGAAAAGAUAUUUUUAACCACGGAUACUCAAUUAAUCUUGCCAUUUACAGCUUCUUUAAACAACAGAUGAUAGCUCUUUCUUGGGUAACGACUAUUAGGCAUAGGUAUAACCUUAACCGUAUCGGAGGUACAGAUAUGAUGUUAAUGUGAUGAAGUUUUUACACGCUUCCAGCGAUGAUCAGACCUCGUGGUAAAUGGGUACUCCAAAUGUCUGAUCAGUGUAUUGUAAAUAUAUUUGAAUUACCGUAUUCGACGUAAUAAGCGGCGAUAUUUGCUAUUAUAUUGGCUAGUGAACAAUCCCAAUUAGCACCCCUUCCGAUUGAUCAAUGUACAAAAGACUU